AUGAGGCGGCCCCUGGCGGCGGAGCUGCUGCUGCUGCUGCUGCUGCUGCUGCUGCUGCUGCUGCAGCUGCGGUCUGGGACGCAGGGGGCCAAGGUGUCCAGAGCCUGCGGGCGCCCGCAGAGGCUGACCCGGAUGGUGGGCGGGCAGGACGCCCUGGAGGGCGAGUGGCCCUGGCAGGUCAGCAUCCAGCACAACGGGAGCCACUUCUGCGGGGGCAGCCUCAUCACGGAGCGGUGGGUCCUCACCGCGGCGCACUGCUUCUCCAACACCUCUGAAACAUCGCUGUACCAGGUCCUGCUGGGGGCGCGGCAGCUGGUGCGGCCAGGGCCACACGCCGUGCUCGCCCGGGUGAAGCGGGUGGAGAGCAACCCCCUGUACCAGGGCAUGGCCUCCAGUGCCGACGUGGCCCUGGUGGAGCUCGAGGCACCAGUGACGUUCACCAACUACAUCCUGCCCGUGUGCGUGCCCGACCCCUCCGUCAGCUUUGAGACGGGCACAAACUGCUGGGUCACGGGCUGGGGCAGCCCCAGUGAGCAAGACAACCUGCCCAACCCCCGGAUCCUGCAGAAGCUGGCCGUGCCCAUCAUCGACACGCCCAAGUGCAACCUGCUCUACAGCAAGGACGCCGAGUCUGGCUUCCAGCCCAAAACCAUUAAGGACGACAUGGUCUGUGCCGGCUUCGCCGAGGGCAAGAAGGAUGCCUGCAAGGGCGACUCCGGAGGCCCCCUGGUGUGCCUUGUGGGCCAGUCGUGGCUGCAGGCUGGGGUGAUCAGCUGGGGCGAGGGCUGCGCCCGGGAGAACCGCCCCGGCGUCUACAUCCGGGUCACUUCCCACCACAACUGGAUCCACCGGGUCAUCCCUGAACUGCAGUUCCAGCGGGCCAGGCGGGGCGGCCAGCAGAGAGGCCCCCGUGGCCAGCAGCCCAGCGGCCGGAACCUCGCACCCUGCGGGGCUGCCCCCACUGUCCUGCUGGUCCUCCUGGCGCUGCUCACCCGCCUCUGAGCCGCCCCGGCCAGCGCUGUCCCUUUGUAAGUAGCCCUGUUGGGCCUCUCCAGUGCCCGGUUAUUUUUAUUUAUGUUCACCCAAUAAAGUCCCAGUGCCAGCACCGCUGCCGUGGGGUCCUGGGGCUGAGGUGUGUCCCGGGCGGGGAAGACGGAGGGCUGGCUUCCCAGCGGGAAGGGGCCACAGCCGGCACCCGAGGCAAGGACAUCACUGGACUCCUGGGCUACAGUGUCCCUGUGACACCUG